CAGGAUGCCUCUGCAGAGGACCUCUCAUCCUCCAGCGCCUUCUGGAGCCUGAACGCCUUCUGAGAUGAACAGGUCUUUUCUGCUGGUCUUGUGUCUAGUGACACUGUCUAAUGUACAGCUGGGACAGUCUCAAUGUGAUGUUGUAAGGAUUGCUGCAGCUGUGCAUGAAGUUGUAGGACCAGCUUCGGAGACUAUGCAGAAAGACAUGAAGAAUAUGAAGUCUGACAUGGCAAGCCUCAGUCAAGAGGUUGAGAAACUUGACACUAGACUGAGUUCUCUGAAUGAAUCAAUGAGAGAUGAUUUAAAUGAUGUCAAGACUGAGUUAAAUGGUGUCAGUAACACAACCACUGCAAUGUGUGGCAAAACAUGGGGUUGGAGGCGUGCAGUAUACCUGGAUAUGACAGACCUCAACACCAACUGUCCCUCUGGCUGGCAGCUCACUGGAUACUCCAAGAGAACUUGUGGCAGAGUUGGUACUGGAUUUAGGACUUGUGACUCAGUCUUCUUCCCUGUCAGUGGAGGACCAUACAGUCAGGUGUGUGGCAGGAUCAGAGCCUACCAGUGGGGACUGCCUGAUGGCUUCUAUGGGUAUAACAGAGGUGGACAAACUACAAUUGACAGUAUCUAUGUCUGUGGUGUGGUUGUAAUGCAUGGCAGUCCUCGACAACACAUCUGGACAUUUGCUAAUGGAGCAGUGGAGAAUUAUACAAGAUCCCAAGUAUGGAACUGUCCAUGUGACAAUGGAGCUACAUCCAUCCCACCAUUUGUUGGAGAGGAUUACUUCUGUGAGUCAGGGUAUGUGUAUCCUGGGUACUGGAACAACACAGAAUGGAACAGACUCCACUCCACUGACACUCUCUGGGAUGGUGAAGACUGUCACUCCACCAGUACAUGUUGCUCUUUCCACAAUCCUCCAUAUUUCACCAAAACCCUCAACCAGACAACUAGUGAUGACUUUGAGCUGAGAAUGUGUCUCGAUGACCCCAUAACACAGGACAACAUAGCAGUGGAACUGGUUGAGUUGUAUGUCAAGUAGCUGCAUACUGUCUAUAUAUUUGUUAGUACUGAUUGUAGAAAAAGGCUCAAGUUGGGCUCAAUAUUAUACACACGUU